GCUUCCCUCCCGCUCCUCCUCCAGCUGCCCCCAGGCGGCAUGCUCGGGUCUAUGAGACGGAGGUGUAUGGGCCCGAGCCAAGGACGUACAGCCUCUCGCCCUCGGCUGGCAACUUGCACUACCUGGAAGCCCUGGAGGACUGCUGCUUCUUUGACGUGGUCACGCCACCCUACGAUGCUUCACAGGGCCGCGACUGCACGUACUACUUCGCACACAUUGACUUGAAGCUCGCUUCCAAGGGAGAGUUCUGCCCUGUUGAGGUCUACCAGCCUCGAGGAUUUUAUACGCAUCCGCUGCCCUACAAAGGUCCACGGCCAGACUGGCUGCAGGCACCGCGGGCGCCAAGCGACUGGGUGUAG